UGGGAAUUGUAGUUUCACGGUUGUGCGCAGACGCAGGCGAGAGGAGGAUUUUGGGAGUUGUAGUUUGGCGCCCAGGGUCUGUUGUGUGGACAGCGGCGGCGCCGGACUACAGCUCCCAGCGCGCCCCGCCCCCCGGGUGUCAGUCGGACAACGGCAGCCCCAUGGCCGGAGCUUGAGCGCUGGCUGCUGCCCGCUCGCCCGCCGCUCGGUAACCGUGCUGCCUGCCCAGCUCGGUCGGAUCAUGAGGGAAGAAGAGGCGGCGGCAGAGCCCGAGAACGCGCCCACCCCUCAGUCCGAGCCGAGUCCCCCCGCCCAGGAGCGUCCGGCCACUCUGGGCCGGGACCUGCCGCCCAAACUCUGCGGCUACCUGAACAAGCUGUCGGGGAAGGGCCCGCUCAAGGGGUUCAAGACCCGCUGGUUCGUCUUCGACCCCCUCCGCUGCUACCUGUAUUACUUCAAGGGCCCGAGCGACGCCCUCCCUCUCGGGUACAUCGAUAUCGCCGAUGCUUGUUUCACCUAUGAUCUGGAAGCCGAGGAGGGGCAGCUGGAGAUCCGCUCGGCAGGUCGAGACUACACCCUCAAGGCUCCCAGUGCACAGGUUAUGAGAUAUUGGCUGCAGCAGUUGCAACAGAAGAGGUGGGAGUUUAGUAAUAACUGCAUUGUUGGACAAAGAGAUAAUCGCACAUCAUCUGUGUUCCCAGAUUCAGCUACGGGUCUAGUUGCUAAAGGUAUUGAUGCUCCCUUUCUUCCACAAACAACGGAUAUUGCUGAGAGUGCAAGAAGUGUACUGGAUGAAGAGGUUGCCCCAGAGACACUGGUGGGUGAGCGAGCAGCAAAUUAUCCAUCUCCAGUAAAUCCCACAACCAUUAACUUCUCCUUGAAGCACUUGGGGACAGAGAUCAGAAACUCGAUGUCAAGUCUGAAACCAGGAAGAGGAAACAAUGAAAACCGGAAAAGUGUGUUCUACACAGAAGAUUGGGUGCUACUGGAUCCCACCCUCAAAGAUUUGGAAGAAGCUGCAGGACAUGACGAAAAGAGAAAAAGAGAGUCAGCUGAAUCAAGUAGAGGAUCAGCAUUCGCUUUUGAUUUUGCAAAAGCGUCACAUAGAGGUAAACGGCCAUUCUUGAGAGACAUGAUCGGAACAUCAAAGUCCCGAAAUGGCAGUGAGUCAUCUCCCGUAGAGUGGGUCGUUACUAAUGGAAAGCCUUCAACGGAGAUUCAGUUGAGAAUUCAAGCACAGCAAGAAGAAUUGAACAAAGUGAAAGAAGACUUAAGCAGUCAAAAGGAGCUGGUGCGCCUGUUACAACAGACAUUGAAGUGUUCCCAGCAGGAAAAAUACUCCCUGAAUACUGCUUGUGCUUCUCUGGAUCAUGGUAUGAUGCAGCUUUUGCAUCAGAAAGACCACCAAAUACAGGCCCUGAACCAGCAGCUAGACCACAUUAACCAGCAGAAAGAUCGCAUGGAGCAAGAAGUCAAAGCAAUUCAAGAUAAACUUACUGGGAUGAGUGACCAGCUUAACAUGUUCAGAGAAACCAUCCAAGCCAAAGAUGAAGUGAUUAUGAAAUUAUCACGGCAGCUCAGUGAAUGCGAGAACAAUCACUCGCCUCAAGGUGUGCUGCCAGGCGCACCCUUUGUGAACAAGGACCUGCAGGAGUUGGACAGGCUAAAGGACGCCCUUCAGGGCUAUAGGACACAGAACAAAUUCCUGAACAAGGAAAUCUUAGAACUUUCUGAGCUAAAGAGAAAUGCUGAGAUGAGAGAAAAAGCACUGGAGGCAAAGUGCACCAGCCUGGAAGCUAGAUUGUGCCAGGUAGAGAGCAAACAUCUUGUACUCCUUCAGGAAGUUAAGAAUCCUGUUUGUUCUGGGGAAAAGGGUCCGACACAUGAAGUAAUUUCUAGACUUUUGGAAGAUGCACUGAAAGUGGAUAGCCCUGAACAUCCGGAGCAAACCGUUCUCAAACCAAGUCCUGUCAGUGAGUACGACAUUUAUGGCUUCAAGACAGUGCCUGAAGAUAGUGAGGAGGAGACAUUAAUUGUUAAAGUUCGAGCUCUAGACUUAAAGUCCAUGUCGCUCACCGACAGCCAAGAAAUUUCCACAGGAGUUAAAUGGGCAAAUUACUUUGCUGGUACCAUGAACCGAGAAAUGGUGCGUUCACCUGAACUGAAGAGCCUCAUUCGUUGGGGUGUUCCACAUGAACAUAGAUCAAAGGUCUGGAAGUGGUGUGUCAACCUCCAUGUCAAAAAGUACAGGGAUAAAUGCGGUUCAGGGUAUUUUAACUCCUUGCUAAAGAAAGCACUAGAGAAACAGAACCCUGCUUCGAAACAGAUUGAGUUGGAUCUCAUGCGCACUUUGCCAAAUAAUAAGCACUAUGCCUCACCAACCUCAGAAGGAAUACAAAAACUCCGAAACAUUCUGCUGGCAUUUUCCUGGAGAAAUCCAGAUGUUGGAUACUGCCAAGGCUUAAACAGGUUGGCAGCGAUCGCGCUUCUGUACCUGGAACAAGAAGAAGCAUUUUGGUGCCUUGUUGCCAUUACUGAGUGUUUUAUGACUCCAGACUAUUACACAAAGAACCUGCUUGGGUCACAGGUUGACCAGCGGGUGUUCAAGGACUUGCUGAGUGAGAAGUUACCACGGUUGCAUGCACACUUUGAACAAUACAAGGUGGAUUUUUCACUCAUCACGUUUAACUGGUUCCUUGUGGUAUUUGUGGACAGUGUUGUCAGUGACAUCAUGUUCCGUAUCUGGGAUUCGUUCCUGUAUGAAGGUCCAAAGGUUAUAUUUCGAUAUGCACUUGCAGUCUUCAAAUUUAAGGAGGAUGAGUUUCUAAAGCUUCAGGAUAAUAUGUCCAUAUUCAAGUAUCUGAGAUACUUCACUCGCACUAUUCUUGAUGCACGAAAACUUACCUACAUUGCCUUUGCGGACAUGAAUCCCUUUCCAAUGCGCCUGAUCCAGAGUCGCCGAGCUUUCCACUUGGAGAAAGUGCGUCUGGAGUUGAGUGAAUUGGAAGUAAUCCGCCAGGAUUUUCUUCGGGAACGUGAAACUGCAACCCCUGAGAGGAGAGAUGUCAUCAGUGAUGAUGAUGAGGAUACCUAGUUGCACAUUCAGUCUCACCAUAAAAACUUGGACUAGUUGAAUAACUAGGAACACAAUAGGAAAGCUUGCUUUCCAUCUACAUUGUCAUGUUUGAGUCCCAAGGUUCCCCGGCAGCUAAAUCUGUACACUGCUGUUGGAAAACAGUUCCCUGGUUCUCAGCUGGGCCAGAAGGUGGGCAGCUUUAUGAAAACGUUUAGAUGUGAAUUGCUCAUCCCAUCUUGUAAGCAAACCCAUCUUUUGGCUCCCAUGUCUUUAGCCAUUUAUUAUCAGGGCUCCACUUUCAAUUGAAUGUUACUUGGAGGUGAGUUGCUCUUCCAAAUUUAAAAGAAUGAGUGAGUGUUUCUUCUAAAGUUAAGUGAUCUCUAUCCUCAUGAAGAAAUGUGCUGGGCAUAUUUCUCUUUAAUUCCACACAUGGAAAGACUGUGCAUCAAACUAAUGGUACAAAUGUGUCUGGUACGCACUUGGAACACUGUGCUAACUUUUUGCUUUUUGUAGUGGCAAAGAAAUGUCAGUUCUGGUUAUUCAGUCAUGGGACCAAUCUGAAUAGUUCAGACAGUAAGUGUUAUUUGGAAAUCUUGUUCAGUGUGACUUCCAUCUUGUAGUUCUUUGUAUUUUACAUAUCAAUAUUUUGGGAAGCAGGCUUCCUUAACCAAAAACAAAAUGUUGGGGGGAGAGGAGUGCCUUAAAAUCUCUCAGCAUGUGAUGUCCCUUUAAAUGAUAGAGAAAAGGGAAUCUGGGCUCUUUGAUAUAUUUUAGCCAUCCUUGCUCAGACUAUCAUUUCACUACAAUAUUGUGUAUUGAAAAUCUGAUUGAUAAAUCUUGGUUUCAGCUUUGCUUCCAUUAAGGAUAUUCACCAGAAGUAUGAUUACAUGUUUACAUUCAGAAUAAACUUAUUGUACAGUAAUAAGGAAUAGCAUUUAGCCCACUUGACUUUAUUAGGAACUUGAAUUAUCCUGUCACUCCUUUCUUGUUUCGUACAAAAUGUCAUUUGCAUGUGUGCUUUAUCUGACACAAUCUUUUGGAAAUUGUUGUCUCAGAUGAUAAAACCUGAAUUUGAUGUAUAUUAAGGACUUAAAUGGUACCUAGUAACUUAUAACCUGCAUCUUCCAGUGACAUGUAAGUGUGUAGAAGAUUGGAUUUGUUUUUUUGUGUGUGGCCUUGAGCUAACUAAACCCUGAACUUCUCUAACUUGGCUGGGUGGAAGAUCUUGCCAUUAAUCCAGCUUCAUUGUGAGUAUUGUUAGGCCUUGAGUUAAGACCUAGUGUGCCACAUUUCAGAUUAGCACGGAGGAAGGUACAUGUUUUGGUGAAGUAAGGUUAUGUUUCAAAAUGAAGUGUUUGUUUCGUGAACUUUACUGAAUUAAGCUGGGACUGGACCAAGGUUGUUUUCAUUUUGUUUUGAUGUUUCAUUUUAACUUUGCUCAUACUUGUCAAUCUCUAUUUGACUAUAAGAGGUUAGAAACAAGCAACUGCAUCACAGAACCUCUUCAGUGCACUUUGUUCAUUGUAGUCCUUAAAGGAGUUAAGCUAUACGGUUAUACAGUGCUAUACAGUCCUUGUGACUUGAAAUAUAAUUUUCAUAAUUUCUUUGGUUUAAAUGAUCUCAUGUAAUGGGUUAACAAUAGUAGCCAUUUUGAUAUAUCUUGAGCACCUGGACUCUGCUAUUGUGGAUUCUUUCCACAUGGGCAGUUUUGUCUUAUGUAUGUCAUAUACCUGUAUAACCAGCGCCUAAAGAAAGCAAGAUAUAAAAAUAAUGUUGUAUGCAGAACAUUGACUUUUAUUUUUGUGACAUUUAAAUGUCUGUUUCAUUGCCAUUUUUGUCGACAUGUUAAAUGAAGAACAUCAUUUUGUCUGAUUUGUUGGUGAAGCUGUACUAUUCUGAAAAUUAAAAUGAUUUUGCUACAAUUAAAUGCCAUUAUAAGUUUUCCACAUUUUAGACAAUGCUGUAAUUAGUAAAGUCAAAAACCAGGGAGCAUGGAUUUAGUCAUUGGUAGAAGGAUUAGAGGUGUACCAAGGGAAAUAUUUUUCAACCAUUGGGUAGAAAAGAUCUGGAACUUGCUGCCUGAAAAACUAUCAGAAACCCAUGCCACAUUUGUAUGGAUGUGUCCACGGAGCUGUGAUCUGGCAGUGUACCAAAUGCCACAUUUGUAUGGAUGUGUCCACGGAGCUGUGAUCUGGCAGUGUACCAAUCAGAUGUAAAGAAGGGAUUAGGUUGAUAGCUCUUUCAACAAAAAUGGACACAAUGGGCCAAAUGGCCUCCUGUUGUAAAUUUUCCAAGAUUUAGUUUCUUGGUAUAAGAAGUCUAACCUC